AUUGUUGGGAGGAGAAAGACAGACAUAUAGGAGCGAGUUAGUCUUUUUUUGUCAAAGUUUUCACCAUCUGUGAGUUGAAGAAGGAAAUAUCUGUAAAAGGUGACAUUACAGGUACCUGUCUUCAGUUGGAUCUACAUAACUUCUGCAGUUUGCUUGUCCAGCAUGUGUUCUCAAUUGGAAGGGGCCAUGGAGACAUUAAUCUCUGUAUUCCACACCUACUCAGCUAGGGAGGGAGACAAGUACAAGCUGAGCAAAAAGGAGCUGAAAGAUCUCCUGCAGAAUGAACUUGGAGAAUUUUUGGAGACCCAGAAGGAUGCCACAUCAGUAGACAAGAUCAUGAAGGAGCUUGAUGAAAAUGGGGAUGGAGAAGUGGAUUUCCAGGAAUUUGUAAUCCUAGUGGCCUCUAUGACAGUGGCCUGUAACACCUUCUUUUGUGAGAGCACCUAAACUCCCAGAAUCCUUUGGGAAGUGUCACCACACUGGUGACUAAUCAUGUCAUAAGCUGGAACCCUUUGGACAGACUUCUUAUUAAAUAUGAUAAAUACA